AUGUAUAAAAAAUUAGUUCUUCAAGUAGUGUCGUCCAAAUUUGUGACUAUGCAAUCAACAUCUGUUGAUUUGAUUACCACCUGGACAAUAAAAAUGAAAUUAUAUCGGAUUUUUCCUAGAAAUAUUUCACUUUACCUAUAUUUUGGUAUUGGCGUUACAUUCGAGGCUAUCCUUGCCCGAACUCCAGUUCAAGUGUGUUCAGUUAUUCUUCCUAUGCCUGAUGCAGUAUUUUUCGGAAGCAUUACAAAUCCAUGUUUGGCAGAACCUUGUCAAUUAUCACGUGGAAAUGAUUCGGGUAUACCUAAUGUAGAAUUUAUUCCAAGAACUACUUCAAUUACCAUCAUGACUCGCGUACGUGCAACUGUAUUCGGGAAGAUUAUUUUUAAUCAAGAACUUCCAGCUGAAAUCAUAAAUAAUCCUUGUAGUAUCUUGACACAAAGAUCUUGCCCACUUCCAGCAGGAAUACAGAAGGCUUACCGAUUACAAAUUCCGGUUGAUCCAACAACAUCUCUCGUUACAACAGAUACGGGGAUCACUCAUUUAGAUCACAAUAAUCAAGUCAUAUUCUGCUACAGAAUUGAUACAGCACUUGUUUCGUAA